AUGAUGUCUAUUUCGAGAGUUGCUGCUUUGAGAAACCAAUUUGCUCGGCUAGCCAAGCCCGCUGUUGUCCAGCAGGUCUUCAGACACUCUACUGCCUCUGCUCCAACCAUCCCAAAGACCCAGAUGGGAUGUGUUUUUGAAACCAACGGUGGUCCAAUUGAGUACAAGGAGAUCCCUGUUCCAAAGCCAAAGCCUAACGAGAUUUUGGUCCACGUCAAGUACUCUGGUGUGUGCCACACUGACUUGCACGCCUGGAAGGGUGACUGGCCACUGCCUGUCAAACUCCCACUUGUGGGUGGUCACGAGGGUGCCGGUGUUGUCGUUGCCAAGGGUGAGAACGUUAAAAACUUCGAGAUCGGCGACUUGGCCGGUAUCAAGUGGCUGAACGGCUCGUGUAUGGGUUGUGAGUUCUGUCAACAGGGUGCCGAACCAAACUGUCCAGACGCUGACCUGUCCGGUUACACGCACGACGGUUCUUUCCAACAAUACGCCACUGCUGACGCUGUCCAGGCCGCUAAGCUGCCUCCUGGAACUGACCUCGCUGCUGUUGCUCCUAUUUUGUGUGCUGGUGUCACUGUUUACAAGGCCUUGAAGACUGCUGCUCUGCGUCCAGGACAGAUCGUUGCCAUUUCCGGUGCCGCCGGUGGAUUGGGUUCUCUUGCCGUUCAAUACGCUGUCGCCAUGGGCCUGAGAGUUCUGGGUAUUGACGGUGGUGAGCAAAAGGGCGAGUUCAUCAAGAAGCUCGGUGCCGAAUUCUACGUCGACUUCACCAAGGAGAAGGACAUUGUGUCUGCCAUCCAGAAGAUCACCAACGGCGGUCCACACGGUGUCAUCAACGUUUCUGUCUCUCCAGCUGCUAUCUCCCAGUCUUGUCAAUACGUGAGAACCCUCGGUAAGGUUGUUCUGGUCGGUCUUCCAGCCGGCGCUGUUUGCGAGUCUCCUGUCUUUGAGCACGUCGUCAAGUCCAUCCAGAUCAAGGGAUCUUACGUUGGUAACAGACAAGACACUGCCGAGGCCGUGGACUUCUUCACCAGAGGCCUUGUCAAGUCUCCAUUCCAGAUUGCUGGUCUUUCCGAGCUGCCAGAGGUCUUCAAGAAGAUGGAGGAGGGCAAGAUCUUGGGCAGAUACGUCCUUGACACUUCUAAAUAG